AUGGACAAGAUUCUUCUCAAGAACUUGGUAUUGAAGAAUGUGGUGGGCGUCGACUCCUGGCAACGGCUCAAGUCACAGCCUGUAGUCAUCAAUGUCUGGCUUUACACGGACGUGACCGCCGCUGGAAACUCUGAUCAGGUGAAAUGUUCUAUUCAUUACGGUCAUGUCACCAAAGCCAUUACCAAGCUGGCGGAGACGGGCACUUUCAACUCCAUUACCGCUCUCGCUCAUGCCGUGGUUCACUUGUGCUGUGUGGAGUUUGGCGCUCAACGUACCAAGGUCCGAGCCGAACAACCCAAGGCGCUCCUGCAUGCUGCUGCUUCCGGCAUUGAAUUGAGCCGAUCCCGCCGUGAUUAUGAAGGUCUUGAUAAAUCAGUGAUUGAGACAUUGGGCGAUGUUUCUGGUUUGGGUCAUCAGGAUGUACUUUUUGUCAAGGAUCUGCGUUUACAUACAAUCAUUGGUGUGAAUCCCUGGGAACGCGAGGAGAAGCAAGUCGUGGUCAUCAACUUGACCUUGUAUCCUUCCAAGCUGGCGUUGGAGGGAGAAGAAGAAAAUCAGAAAACGCACAAUUUACGUACCGUGGUCCGCACGCUCAGUCGAUACAUUGAGCAGUCGGAUUACAAGACCGUCGAAGCGUUUGCUGUGGCGAUUGCUCGUGUCGCUUUGGAAAAAUGCCAUCUCAACAAGAUCACGGUGCGUUUGGAGAAGCCCAGUGCUAUUGUUUUUGCGGAUGCUUCCGGUAUUGAAGUGACGCGCGACCGUGCGUGGUUAACUCAGGUUUUGAAUGAAGAGAAAGCCGCAGGUCAGGUGUUUGCGCACCAUGCCAUGGAAAAUUCCGUUCUUCGUGAAAUCCCGUCCGACUAUACUCAUACAGCGUACAUCGCGGUGGGAUCAAAUAUUGGUGAUCGAAGGGACAACAUCUAUCGCGCACUGGACCUUCUUGAGAAGGAGUGCAACUGCAUCGUUGCCGACACUAGUUUCCUCUACGAGACUCCCCCCAUGUAUUAUACCAAACAAGAUGCUUUCCUCAACGGCGCAUGCAAAGUGUUCACCAGCCUGGAACCGAUCGAUUUGCUGGCCAAACUCAAGCAUGUUGAAAAUACACUCGGCAGAGAACCUACUUUCCGUAACGGUCCAAGACCCAUUGAUCUGGAUAUCAUCUUCUUUGAUGAUUUGAUUCUCGAAACCGAAACAUUGACCAUCCCACAUAUCAGCGUGCAAGAACGCGAAUUCGUGUUAUGGCCAUUGUGUGAUAUCGCAAGAGAUAUGGAGCAUCCUCGAUUGUAUAAAACCUGCGGUCAAUUACUCUCUCAAUUACUCAAAGUGCAAGCCGAGAGCGAGAUGGGAGCCCUCAAAAUCGACAAGGUCGUUCCUAUGCAGACGGUUUCAGCAACACAACAGCUAUGGCGCUGGAAUGAUCAGACUUACAUCAUGGGAAUUCUGAAUGUCACACCCGACAGCUUCUCCGACGGAGGCAGCUAUCUGAACGUGGAAAAGGCCGUCGAGGCAGCUGAACGUAUGAAGGAGGAAGGUGCUAGUAUUAUUGAUAUUGGUGGUAUGUCGACUCGUCCUGGAGCUGAUGACACUUUCCCCGAAGAAGAAGAAAUCCGUCGUGUCGUUCCCGUCAUUGAAGCUCUCCGUGCGAGAAAGUUUGAUUUGCCGAUUUCUGUCGAUACCUUCCGGGCCAAGGUUGCUGAAGCCGCUAUUGCUGCUGGUGCGACAAUGAUCAAUGAUAUCAGUGGUGGUUUGCGUGAUCCUGCCAUGCUAAGUGUGAUGGCCAAGCACAAGUUACCCGUGUGUUUGAUGCAUAUGCGCGGUGAUGCGAAAACCAUGAUGUCCAAGGAAAAUACCACCUACGAGCGUGACGAUGUCGUGGACGAAAUUACCUACCAACUGCACAAUUUGAUCCAGCGGGCGAUUUCGGCGGGCGUUUAUCGAUGGAAUAUUGUCGUGGAUCCUGGUAUCGGAUUUGCCAAGACGGCUGAUCAAGACUUUGAAAUUUUACGCCAUUUGAAGGAAAUGAUGACUGCACCCGACUCGUUGCUGGUGGGCUUCCCUACGUUGAUGGGUCCCAGCCGCAAAAAGUUCAUUGGUCAUGUGACAGGCGUCACGGAUGCCGAGAAACGAUCGUAUGGUACAGCCGGCGCUGUGGCUGCAAGCGUAGCGGGUGGAGCCAACAUCUUGCGAGUCCACGAUGUUAGACCCAUGUGGGAAGUCGCUCGUGUAUGCGAUCAAGUGUGGAAGCGUAGCAAUUAG